CGCUGCUGGCUGGCAGUCAGCCUUAGUCCCUAGCUGCUCUCCUUCUGACCCCCGAAACUCCUGAGCCGGCUCACCACCACUGCUGGCCUCCCAUUCUGGACUCACACAGGAAGCCAUGUGUGCCCGACUGGGGCACAGCCCCAGCUAAUGCCCCACAGGGGCCACCCAUCUCAGGAGGGCCCUUGGGCCCUGUCCUCCAUCCCCAUGGCACAUGGACCAGAGCUAGAGGCUGAUGGACUAUUGGACCUCAGCUUUUUGACGGAGGAGGAGCAGGAGGCCAUUGCUGAUGUCCUCAAACGAGAUGCCCACCUGCGCCAGCUGGAUGAAGGGCGGGUCAGCAAGCUCCGGGCCUCACUCACUGACCCUGGGCAACUGAAGACCCUGACGGGGGACUGGUUCCAGGAGGCACGCUCCCAGCGGCACCAGCAUGCCCACUUUGGCCCUGACCUUGUCCGUGCCUCUAUCCGCAGGAAGAAGAGCCCAAGAGCUCCAAGGGACCAGGCUCUGGGCAGUGAUGGAGACUCCAAGGCUACUGGGAGAGAGACUGGAGAAGAGCCAGUGGCCAGCACCCCCAAAGCCACGGUCCCUGUGGGGAGACUCAGCGAGACCCAGGAUGAGGCAUUGGAUGUAUGCUCUCCAUCUACCCCAGCUGAAGCCUCCAAUUUGGAGGCGCCAGGGUCACAUGAAGGGGACUUGCAGAUCCACUCCCAGGAGGCGGACCCGGAGCCGGAGACUGCGGUGGCGUCGUGGGGAGAGCCGGAGCCUCAGCCCUCGGCGGCCCAGACCGAGGCUGCAUCCGAGAACGUGGAGAACGGGGAAGAGGUCCUGGGGCCCAGCCCCUCCCUCAACCGCAUGCUGAGCUGCAGCUCCUCGGUGUCCAGCCUCAGCUCCUGCACGCUGAGCGGCAGCCAGGUGAGCCUGGCCGGGGAAACCGAGGCGGGCGCCGUGCAGGUGUGCGGCUCUCUGCACUUCGCGCUGCGCUACGAGCCCGACACCGCGGAGCUGCGGGUGCAGGUGAUCCAGUGCCAGGGCCUGGCCGCGGCCCGCCGCCAGCGCUCCGACCCCUAUGUGAAAAGCUACCUCCUCCCGGAUAAGCAGAGCAAGCGCAAGACGGCAGUGAAGAAACGGAACCUGAAUCCCAUCUUCAACGAGACCUUGCGGUACUCCGUCCCGCAGGCCGAGCUCCGCGGCCGGGUGCUGAGCCUCUCCGUAUGGCACCGUGAAAGCUUGGGCCGCAACAUCUUUCUGGGCAAAGUGGAAGUGCCCCUGGACACAUGGAACUGGGACUCAGAGCCCACCUGGCUCCCCCUGCAGCCGCGGGUCCCACCCUCUCCCGACGAGCUUCCCAGUCGUGGACUGCUCUCCCUGUCCCUCAAGUACGUCCCCGCCGGCUCCGAGGGUGCGGGCCAGCCUCCUAGCGGGGAGCUGCACUUCUGGGUGAAGGAGGCCCAGGGCCUCAUGCCGCUGCGGGCCGGAUCCCUGGAUACUUACGUGCAAUGCUCAGUGCUGCCUGAUGACAGCCGGGCCAGCCGCCAGCGCACGAGGGUGGUGCGUCGCAACCUCAGCCCCGUGUUCAACCACACCAUGGUUUACGAUGGCUUUGGGCCUGCUGACCUGCGCCAGGCCUGCGCUGAGCUCUCACUCUGGGACCACGGGACCCUGGGCAGCCGCCAACUGGGGGGCACACGCCUCAGCCUGGGCACUGGCAGCAGCUAUGGGCUCCAGGUGCCCUGGAUGGACUCCACACCCGAGGAGAAGCAGCUGUGGCAGGCCCUGCUGGAGCGGCCCUGCGAGUGGGUCGAUGGCCUGCUCCCCCUCAGAACCAACCUGGUCCCCAGGACAUAGUCCUUCCCAGCCUUGGCCCACACGGCAGGACCUGCCCUUGACCGAAAUCAAUAAACUGUGUUCUGAGGGCAGGAA